AUGCGCACAGCCCUGUCCACGCCGCUGCCAGCCAUCAGAUGGGCGGCAUGCGCUCCGUUGCGUGAUCACGCGACCGGCUGCAGUGCGCUUUUGUGCGACGGACCAGUGGCUGCAAUCUGCUGCUGCAGAAGGCAACCCAAGAAUGGAGGGCUUGUGGGCAACACUGCUGCAACUCAAACGUUGUGGCGCCAGAUGAGCACAGGGUUCAAUGGAAACGACAGCCACCUGACCCACCUGGGUACCUGUGCUUCCCUAUCAGAGGCACGUAGUGUUGUGUCAGAAACUGUGGAAUCAGACAGAGACCUGGAUGCAGUGGUUGGGGCGCCAUUCUUUUCUGGAAGCAGCCUUGACACCGCUGCGCAUCUCAGGGGCAACACAGAAGCCCUGCAGGCAUUGCUGCACUCACCCUCCUCCAAACUCAUCCCCUGGUUCGACGAGCAAGUCCUCGUCCAGGACGCCCAGCAGGCUCCAAACGCCACCAGUCCACGCCCCAAAGACCUGUCCCCCGAUGGCCACCCACCCUCGCUUGUACCAGUGCUGCUGUCACCGGCAUUCCAGCACCUGCCUUCCUUGGACCCUGCUGUGGGGACGGUUUUCAUGGGUCUGCAGCGGGGCUCCGGCAACGCAGUGUUUGCAGGCAUGCUCAAGCCAGGGGAGGCACAAGGGGUGGAGGAGGUGGUGGGAGGGAGGUGGGUGAGUUUGAGGUCAGUGGGGCCACAGUUGAGUGCAGCGGAUGCUGGGCUGCUGGCGAUGGCCCAUGGCCUGUUGGUGUGGCACAUGGAUGAGCUCCAUUGUGGCAAGACAGGCCAAUCCACCGAGUCGACGUUGGGCGGGCACGCCAGAAUCACCCAACCAGGCGAUGCCGUGAAGGAGGAGACGCGUCCCAUCAUUCGGUACCCGCGCAUUGACCCUGCAGUCAUCACGCUCGUCACGAGUGGCGAUUAUUGCUUGCUUGGCAGGAAGCACGGGUGGCGCAAGAACCGGUAUUCUCUGCUGGCCGGGUUUAUGGAGGUCGGGGAGACGAUGGAGAGCGCCGUGGCGCGUGAGGUCCUUGAGGAGGCAGCUGUCAAGGUGGCGCCUGAGAGCGUGAAGUAUAUUGGUUCACAACCCUGGCCCUUUCCCCGUUCCCUGAUGGUUGCUUUCAGGGCGGCGGCCGCUCACCCGGCAGACAAAAGCGACCUUGUCCAAGGGGCCCCCUACCAUUUCAGCGGACAUCUCGUGCCAGGUGGCACAGGGUUUGAUAGGCUGAAGGGCGUUGCGAGGUCUGCAGCCAUCGACAGCGGCAUCCUGCCGCACGAGGUGGAUGAGUACCUGGGCACGUGGCUGCCACGGCCACGGCCACAGGAGGACGAGCUGGAGCGGGUCGGCUGGUUCCACAGAGACUUCCUUGCCAAGAGCCGCGGGAACGGACCCUACGCCCGAGACGCUUCUGUUUAA